UUUUGAUGAGACGCGCGUUUUAUUUUAAAACACACUGAGGAUCAAUCCGCUUCUACGUCUCUUGCAUUCGAGUAUUGACGGUCAGUGCGAGUUGACGUGUUGCCGCUGCUGCAUCAUCAUCAUCUUCCGAGUGAGAAAAAUACGAGAGAGAAAACUCAUAUGUUCCUGGAAGAAGCGUACAAGCCGUUGUUAUUGAAAAUUGCAAAAAUAAAGAAAUAAUUAACUAAGAAUUAAGAAGAAAAAACAUUUCAAAUGAAAAUAUUUUUACGUGCGAGAGAAAUGGUAUUUCUACACCCGAAAGUCAGGUUCUUAUGUGCAAGUCUUGGAUUAACAAUUUCUUUCAUAAUCUUUAGUCUGCUACAUGAGAAACUUGUGAAAACUGAAUAUUCGUCGCAACUAGACGUUAGAGAUGCAUCGCCACACAAAGAACAUUUUUAUUAUUUCCAAACGUUACUGGCAGUUCUUUGUCUCGUGAGCGCGAUAGUCGCUAGAGUGUUACACAAAGUAUUGGGCGAGAAGACAGACACAACGUCCGUGCCCUUAUAUCUGUCAAAUUCGUUUUUUUACGUACUCGCAACUCUUUGUUCGAGUUACUCGCUCAAAUGGGUUUCGUACCCUGUGCAGAUCGUAGCGAAAUGUGCGAGUCCCAUCCCGACACUUGUGCUCUGUGUCCUAAUUGGAAAAUGUCGUUACAGAUGGCACAAAUACGUCUUCACGGUAUUACUUGUUGCCGGAGUGUCUUUGUUCAUUUUUGACAGUUCCAAGUUUCAGAAAGGGCUACAGGAGAGCUUAUGGUAUGGCGAAAUUCUCCUUGCUGUGAGUUUACUAAUGGACGGGUUGUGUGGCGGCAUCCAAGAUCGCAUUCGACAUACGAGCGAACCUCCGACGUUUGCCAUGAUGAGCCAGAUAAAUCUCUACUCAGCGAUUUUUGUUAUUAUCGGGGCAACGAGCAUGAAUGAGCUUAGUGAAUUCCUGAGUUUUGUCAACAGACAUCCGCACGUGCUCUACAACAUCGCCGUACUAACUAUUAUGAACGUGAUCGGACAGAUAUUUGUUUAUGCUAUUCUCACGACCAACGGAUCGCUGGCGUGUUCGUAUGCGACAACGGUGCGAAAGCUCUUCAGUAUCUUGUUGUCUGUGAUACUGUUCCGACAUGUAAUUCAGUGGUAUCAAUGGGUUGGCUUAGCGGUGACCUUUGGCGUGCUCUUCCUCGAUACCGUUUACAGUGAUAACGAUGACCUUGACGACGGAAAGUUGUCGCACGCGUCACAGGAGACCAUCAGUACAACGACGACGUUCCAAAAGGAAUCUCAUGAGAAUCCAGCGUUCAUCAAGGACGUUGUGAUACCGAUUGAAUCUCCGCUGCAUACUGUCAUGGCUUCAAAUAACGGAAAAAGUCUCAGUUAGCAUUCGUUUAUUGUGAUAUCAAAUAUUUAGAAAAUAAUGUAAAUAAAAUGACCUAUUUUUAGCACACUUAUUGUUCUAAUAAUGUUUUGAACGUGCCGUGAUGAUAAGGAUUACA